UUUUUUAAUGUCGGAGUCUGCUAUGGAAGGAAUAGAAACUAAAACUUACCCCACAUCCAAAGUGGAGAACAAAAAAUUUAUUGUUGAAACUAUUAAAGAAAGCCACGAAAAUACAAAGGCAUAUAUUAAGCAACUUUUGCCAAAAUUCCAUGAUUCAAUUGUUGCCACCAUUGAAAAAAUUGUAAAAGAGAGUUUAAAAGACAUGGAAACUAAUAUUAACGACCAGGCCGCCAGCAUAAUAAAAAUUGCUGAGAAACUAGACGAAAUUGUUACUAACAAAAGUUUGGAAGAAUUGACUCUGGGAGGCACCCCAGAGCCUGAAAUCCAGGUAAAUAUGGGAGAAAAUAAUAAUAACAAUGAAUUAUCCCCAAACCCCCAGAUUGACCAAAACGAAAAUCAAAAUGGCCGGAAUGAGAUUGGUGGCCAACGUGGUACUCGUAAUAAUUACUAUAACCGCGGUCACAAUCGCGAGCGAGCCCGUUACUUCUAUGCAGCACGACAGGAGAAACGUCAGUCCGGUCACUGUCGCUGUCACCAACACAAUCACCGUGGCAAUAAUUCUGGCAAACGUUUUCGUCCUCGCGGCGGUCAUCAUCACUGAUAGACUUUUUAAAGAGGGAAGGGAUGCUGCAUCUCUCUAAUUAACCAAACAAACAAACUAAAAAUGGCCCUUUCCCAAGAAAUAUAGAAAUAAAUAAUUAAAUGAUAAACUCCGAUAAACUCUUGACCUUCCAUGUCAUAAAAGCAUUUAGGAUUUUUCCCGACUAAAUAUUUACC